ACAAUCACCCGUCAAUCGUUAUCAAAGCUAGAAAAUAUUUACAAACCGAUUUGUAUUUCCUGUUAACUAUUGUUUAGCUUGAUCAGUUUUUAGUAUUUUAACGCAUCAUGUACAACUUUUAACGUUUAAAAAAAGAAAGGAGCUAACGUACAUCAACAUUUGACCACUUUAAGUAUAUACUUAUGAUGAAUUAGAUCGGUGAAUAUUACAUUGAAGAGGCCUGUAAUAAUCGACGAUAAUUAGCCGCAAACGUUUAGGUGCCAUCAAUUAGGUUUUUAUAUAUUUUUAUUGAUUUUUUUUUAAUGUCAAUCAAUACAAAUUUUGGGAUUAUUUCCCUAUGACGUGUACAUUAACAUGGCCAACUCUGUUGACGAGAAUCUAUUUGACGACAAAAUCGGAGUGUUGUCUGAUUGGAUCAAGGGCAUCUGCGUAGUUACGUUUGAUUUGGAGUUUGGACAAGCGUUGGAGCUAGUUUAUCCCAACAAUGUUGUUUUGUCCGAAGAUGACAAGACUAAUCUGUGUUACUUGGCGUUUCCCGAUUCCAACUCUGGCUGCAUGGGCGAUACACAAUUUCACGUGAAAAUAAAGUGUACGCCCCCUCAGACCCUAAGUCAACGUCAUAUCAACUAUAAUACUAAAUGUCCAGUCUUCCUUCAAGCAGACCAUCGCUGUUUGUAUGGGUUUGUGUUUUUUCGACAAAUCAAAGAUCUUACUCUGCCAAGAGGUUACUUCCAAAAAAGUGUAAUUAUACUCUCCCAUUUGCCAUUUAUUAGUCUUUUCUCGGAAGUUUGUGGUACAAUAGCACCAGAAUAUUUUAAACAUGGAAUUACUGGUGUAGAAGUAGCCUGGCAUGAUAUUCAACAAUGGCCAGAAUUAUAUGCCGGCGAAACUGUUAGUUUGCCAUUAUUAGGAAUCGUCUUGCAGGCUCAAUUGAUAUGUGAUAACAACAAAAUGUGCAGCUCGUCAAAUUCAAUGGUUCCUGACUACCAAUUGCCGGUAGUAGUGUCGUCUCUCUAUGAGCUAAAUACGUUUGAAUGUUUCUCAUCGAUUGUUACUCAAGUGCAACUUUUAUGGGAACUUGUGUUGAUAUCAGAGCCUAUCGUCGUCAUGGCCUCGUCUCCGUCGUACUGUUCACAAGUUGUUCAGGCUUUAGUCAGCCUAAUCGUACCUUUGGCGUAUCAUGGAGAUUACAGACCAUACUUUACGAUUCACGAUAAUGAAUUCAAAGAGUAUAUGAGUAAAACAUUGAACCCACCUCCCAUAAUUCUUGGUGUUACGAAUCCUUAUUUUUCAAAAACAUUACAACACUGGCCGCACAUAGUGAGAGUUAUGGAAACGACAAAAAAAGACACUCCAUUUAAAAAUAAAGUUAGAAAAGGAUCGAGUCUCAAAAUUUUAGAUGCCAAACCAGGCGUGUACACUCAGUACAAACCAUUCUUGCAAAAAGACAAGUCAUUUGUAAAAAAACUUAUUAGAGGAAUGCAGAAUAAAAGACCGGAAGAAGUGCAGUCGGCUUUGUUGCGAAGACAUUUUCUAGAAUUGACACAAAGCUUUAUGAUUCCACUCGAACGAUACAUGUCGUCGUUGAUGCCCCUACAAAGGAAUAUAUCUCCUUUUAAAGCUGCGCCUAAACCUUGGCCCUUUAAUCCUGAUAACUUUAUGGCAAGUCUAGAGUAUGCUGGACCCCAGCUAACUUGUGGGCUCAAAGGAGAUUGGAAAGGACUUUAUAAGCAAUUCUUUAGAUCGCCAAAUUUCAACGGCUGGUAUAACGUUCGCUAUAAUGAAAUGAUGAUGAAACUUCAAAUACUGCAAAUCGAAGCACUUUCCAGCGUGGACAUAAACAAGUGGUUAGAAGGUAAACAAGAGGUGGAAAUUGUUGACAUGAUUCUGAAAAUACGCGAGAAACUAGUUGAAUGUGAAAGCAAAGGAUAUCCGUUAAACAAGAAAAUCAAAGAUCAAUUGAAAAUUAAAAUGGAUGACAUCAUAAGUUCAUUACCUGACGAUUUAAAAAACGUUUUAUCGAAUAAAAACUCAAUUAGCAGAUGAAUUAUUUUCGUAGGUUUUCUGAUUAUAGGAAAUAAUUUGUAUGUAAUUUUUAAACGUAUGCCAUCACAUUACCGAUUGUGUUUAUACUCAUCUAUAUUUUGUGAAUGUAUACCAAUCGAUAUUUCUUUUUUGUUAUUUAUUAUUAAUUUUUUUUUUUUUUAUAUAUAUAAACCUAGUAAUGUAAUUUUUAUUGAUUGAAUGAUCCUCCACGUUAAUUUUAAAAAUUAAAGUUUAAGUACAACUAUCAAAUAGAAGUGUUAUAUUUAACUCUAGUUAUUAGACUUAAGCUCUUAAAACCAGUAAUCGUGCUCAAAGAGAGGUGAUAUGGGAAGUGCUAUAUCCCCCAUUGACUUUUAAAAUAAAAGGAAUUGUAUUGUUUUGAUCAAUAAUCUUAAGUUAACUGCAUUUUUUUAAAUGUUUAAUCAAAAUCAUACUUGCAUAACA